GAUCGUCAGCAGAGUAGCGGGAGCAGCUGGGUAUGGUCGACUCCCCAGGAUUAGCUCGUGCUCAUGACGUCCUGCGCGUGAGCGCCGACAACCGCGCGCGGGUGGACGCGCUCUCCUCCGCCGCGUCCGCAUACGUAUCGGCGGCUUCUCCUCAUCUGUCGCCGAGUUUCUUCGAGGGGUUCGCGCUGCGCAGGAUCCGCGUCCUCAGCGUCCACCCGGGGAUCAUCCACUGCUCCUACCACGUCCCUCCAAGCCUCACCGACUCCAGCACCGGCUGCCUCGCCGCCGGCGUUGUGGUGGCCCUAGUGGACGAGAUCGGCUACGCCGCCGCCAUCUCCCACGCCCAAAACUUCAAGGUCUCCGUGGACAUGUCCGUCGCCUUUCCCGAUCUCUCCCAGGCCCGCGCAGGGGACCGCCUGAGCAUAACGGCGAGGGUGCUCGGGCACAAGGGCGCCUACUCCGGCACGCACGUGCUCCUCACCAACGCCAGCACCGGCAAUGUCGUUGCCGAGGGCAGGCACUCCAUCUUCGGUAACCUGAAGAAAGCACCGCUCAAGCCAGCAGCCACUACUAGUCUUAAAAGCAACUUGUGAUUCUGCCGACGGGGCUUGCCUGCGCCCCCGGCGUGCGCCCAUCGGUGCGCCGCUGACACGCGUCACCCAUCCAUGCCUCCGCCUUCCGUGGCCCUUUUUAGCCGCAGAAAAAAAAACCUGAAAAUACCCAUCGACUAGUACAACGCUGCCCCGUCGUAUUCCUCACCUCUUUCACUUCCCGUAGAAAAAAUGCUACUGUAGUACUACUGCCUUCUUUCCCCUCGAGAACUCAGACAUGGAGCAAGCAUGGAGGACGGAGAGGAUGAAGCCGUCGGAUGUCCUCCCCUUGCAGCCGCGCCCCUUUCCCUCUCACCGGAUGGCAAUUCCCCCCGCCGGUGGCCUCAUCCUUGUCUCGCCGGACGCGCAGCGGAUCACCAGCUCGAGCGCUCCGUCCCGGACAUGGAGGAGCUGGAUCCUGGGAGCUGAGCUCCGCGACGCGCCUGACCAGCUCGAGCGCUCCAGCCCGGGACCGGGAGGAGGUGGAUCCUGGGUGGCGCAGCUGUCUCGAUUAGCUCGAGCGCGGCAACUCGUACCCGUACAUGGAGGCGGUGGAUCCCGGGUGGCGCAGCCGCUGCCUUGAGCGUGCUGCAAGUCAGCCGGAGGCGGCAGACCUGGAUGCUGGAAGCUCCUCCGGCUCGCGAUGGAGUGCUCUGGCCGUUCGUUUGUCCGUUCGGAAGGAUAUUCAGCUCUACCUCCACGGCAGACAAGACACAUCCACACAGUAACAAGAAAAUUAGUGUCAACUAUGACAUUGAUUAAAUCGACUUCGGUACACAAGACAGAAGUUUGUACACAACAAAUUGAGUAUCUUAUGGAGCGAAUGUGAGAAAUCUUGUCUGGUGUGAGCAGUCCUUUUUCAUUCGAUCUGCCGUAAGCACGUAGGGUGAUGAUGGGGUAGGAAAGGUGGACCAAGAUGGCAGAAGGAAGGCAGUCACGCCAUAGCUACAAAUCGUUCAUAGCAAAUUUGUUAACUUGGCUCCGGUUCAUGGAAGAAGACUUGAUUCUACUCUGUCAUCAUAGUAGAGGUAGAGGUUCCAAUGCUCUGUUGCUGCAGAGCUGAGUUGUGCAGUUGGAAUUCAAUGCAUAUGUGAUUUUCUGGAUGGCCCUAUGUGCAGAAAUGUAGCAAAGUUCAGUGGUGCAGAAGUUUCAAAGUGAUAAAAAAACUUGACAAUGUUGAAUGCUUAUACCAUUAGUGUAUUGUAUUGUUGGUAUCCUGCCAGCAUUCUUGGGUUCUGUUGCAUCGAGAUUGUAUUUCCAAGUGACGAUUGAAUCGAUAACUUUUCUGUGA